UAGAAAUUGAAAUUGUCUAGUCUAUGAUCAAUUGAUGGUUGUCGAGCAGACGCAUGUUAACAAAUUCUGGAGAUAAUUUUGUUGAUAAACUAAUUAAUUAUAUAAAAAGAAAAAGUCCAGUGAAAGCAUAUUUACUAUUGAAGUUGGAACAUUACUGAGAAAUAUUUAAUGUUACACGGGUGGUGGCAAUAGAAGGACGCUGUUGUGUGCGGCGGCAUCUCGCAACUCGCAACCCAAGUGCUCAAUUAGUUAUGUCUACGUGCCAGUGUCCCCGGGCAGACGAGUGAAAGUGCAACAAACUAUGCGAGUGAACAUGUCGGGGUGAAAUUAAAUGAGUGAAAAGUGGACGAGGUAGACGUUCCAAUGGAAAACGUAAACUUUCAGCCGAGCGGGGAUGAGAUCGAGCGGGCCUUGAUGGACCUGGGCCCCCUGCUCGGCGUCACCAUCAAGGAGGAGGUGCCGGACGAGCUGGGCGACGCGGGCGCGCCAGCCGCCGCCGCGCUCAAUGUGAGCAGCACGCCGGAUGGUGGCGGCGCGGGCGGCGCGGACGCGGCGUCGCCGGGCGCCGACAAGGGCUCCGCGGACUCGCUGGCGUCGCCGGCGCGGGCCUCGCUGGCGGCCACGCGCUGCGUGCUGUGCCACACGGCGCUGGCGCUGGCCGACGGCACGCCCAAGCUCAUGGAGUGCCUGCACUCCGCCUGCGAGCCCUGCAUCCGCGCCAAGCUCGACGAGAAACAGGCCAGCUCCAGGGACUUCUUGGGCGCGGAGCGGCUGGCGGUGACGUGUCCCGCGUGCCGGCUGCAGUGCCAGGUCGCCAACAUGAUCGACCAGCGCUUCGUGCUCGAGAAGAUGCAGCUCGAGCAGGCCGGCUCCAACGGCGUGAGCGGCGAGCAGCAGUGCAACAGCUGCGAGGACACGGAGCCCGCCACCAGCUACUGCGUGGACUGCGGCGAGUUCAUCUGCGACAACUGCGUGAACGCGCACCAGAGGCUCAAGAUCACCAAGGAGCACACGAUCAAGUCCAAGGAGGAGGCGGUGGCGGAGCUGCAGGCGGCGGCGGGGGCCCGGGCUCCCAGCGACAUGUUCUGCGCCGAGCACGCGGGCGAGCGCCUGGCGCUGUUCUGCGAGACCUGCGACCGCCUCACGUGCCGCGACUGCCAGCUGCAGCACCACCGUGACCACAAGUACCAGUUCAGCACGGAGAUGGCCGCGCAGGCGCGGUCGACGAUCAGCUCGCUGCUGUCGGAGGUGAGCUACAAGCGCGUGCUGCUGGGCUCCGCUAUGAAGGUCAUCCGCGACCGCCAGCACCUCAUCGCCGACAAGAAGAAGGCGCUCGUGCACGAGAUCACGCAGACCGUCGUCAAGCUCACCAACGCCAUCAACACGCGCGGCAAGCAGCUGGUGCUGCGCCUCAACGAGGUGUGCGACGCCAAGCAGCGCACGCUCACCGAGAAGAAGGAGGCGCUGGAGCAGCUCGCCGCCAUCACCGACCACUGCGUGAGCUUCGUGACGGCGGCGCUGCAGGGCUCCGACACGGCCGUGCUGCACGCCAAGCGCCAGGUGUGCGCGCACCUGCAGCGCAUCAAGUCGCGCCGCGCCGACAUCCCCAACCCCGAGAUCCCCGUCCGCAUCGCGCUGCAGCUCGACAAGCUGCCCGAGCUGUGCCGCGUGCUGGCGGCGCUGGGCAGCAUCGUGGUGGACGGCAAGCCCGACGCGCCGGCGCAGGGCCCCUACCACCCGCCCGCGCCGCCCUCCGCCGUGGCCGCGCUGCAGCACGUCGCCAUGCACCAGUCGUACGUGCAGGCGGGAGGCGCGGGCAUGGCGGGCCCGGCGGGCGCGGGCUGGCGGGGCCGGCGCUGGGGGCGGCGCCGGGGGCGGCGCUGGGGGCGGGGCUGGGGGCGGCGCCGGGCGCGUACCUGGCGGGGGCUGCGCGCGCGCACCACGCCGCUGCGGCACCCGCACGUCACCUCCACCACGCACCCGCACCACCUGCACGGGAUGAACGAGAUGAACCUGCGCGGGCUGCUGAACGCGCAGACGACGCGCGGCGCGGGGCGGGCGCCGGCGCCGCACCACGCGCCGCACGCGCAGCACGCGCAGCUCGCCAUGCACCACGCCUACCAGCAGAUGAUCGGCGCGUACGCCGGCAGCGCGUACAGCAGCGGGCGGCGCAGCGGCGGGCCGCGCACGCCGUCGCCCGCGCCGCCGCCCUACGCGCCGCCCGCCAAGUGGCACAUCCCGCAGGCCGGCGCCGCGCCCGACGCGCCGCCCGGCCCGCCCGGCGCCACGCCCGACUACAAGAUCACGCUGGGCCGCCGCGUGCCGCCCGCCUCCGUCACCUCCACCAACCCCAAGACGCCCAGCCCCAGCCUCAACGGCGGCGUGCCGGGCGAGCUGGACAAGGUGUGCGCGGCGUCGGUGCAGGACCUCAUGGCCACCAUCGCCAAGCUGGACUCCAACGGCGUGCAGGUGGUGGCCGAGGCCGAGCCGGCCGGGCCGCCCGCGCCGUCGCCCGCGCCGCCCGUGCACUCGUCCACGGACGAGCCGCGCGCCGACCCCAACGAGGACUGGUGCGCCGUGUGCAUGGACGGCGGCGAGCUGGUGUGCUGCGACCGCUGCCCCAAGGUGUUCCACCAGUACUGCCACAUCCCCACCGUGGACAAGCUGCCCGACGAGGCGGACGCCUGGCAGUGCCUGCUGUGCGUCAACUUCGCCGAGCUGCCGGCGGCGCCGGGCGACGAGCUGCCGCCGCCGGGCGGGGGGCUGCCGCCGCGCCAGCAGCGCCUGGUGGAGCGGCUGACGCUGGAGCUGUACUGCCAGUACGAGGCCAGCCUGCCGUUCCGCGAGGCGGCGCAGUGCGGCGCGGCGCCGCGGCCCAUGUGCCUGGACGCCAUGCGCGUCAAGCUGCAGCCGCGCAGCCCGCAGCGCUACACGCACGUGGCGCAGUUCGUGGCCGACGCGCGUCUGCUCUUCCGCAACGCCUACGCCUACAACCCCCCCGACAGCAGCAUCUACAAGGACGCCAAGCGGCUGGAGGAGUUCUUCGACGCGCAGCUGCUGAAGUGGCUGCCCGAGUACGCGUACUGGUCGGGCGAGGGCGAGCCGCCCGCCAAGCGCCCGCGCCUCUAGCGCAGCGUCUAGCGCCCGCACUCUCUCUGCUCAGUUCCUGUCUAGCGACACCCGACACCCGACACAUGUCAGGCUCUCGCAGCUCCACGGGUGAAGCUAUUUAUGUUAGCAUACGGCCUAAUGCCGCAACUGUUACACUCUACUGUACACUAUUCUCUAAUAAACUUAAGCAAAGCGUUAAUGUCGUCGUUUGUUCGUAAAACUGGCCUAAUUUUGACGAAAGCGUCAGGUUCGGUGUUUUUAAUCCCAUAAAGGCGAAUCAUGAUCGUCUGUGCAGACCAUAAAAACUGUAUCGAAAAAAGAAGACUAUAAGUGGAUUCGGGCUUUCUUUUAAUAUUUAGUUGCAGUUAAGGACAACUACUAGCCCAGAGGAUACACAUUCGCGUUCAGAUUAUGGCAGGGCGGCGUUUGAUGACAUGCCGUGCAUUGCAUCACCUAGCCACUAUACGAGUCGACGACCGACAUUAAUGCUCUGCGACGAUGUUACAUACGUUUACUUGAGUAUCGGUUGAUUGUUCUGGCGGACAGCAGCGCCUGCGCGUUACCAUGGUAACCUGCUCAGCUGAGCGGCGGCCGGCCUGCCUCCUCCACAUUUAUUGUAUAUCUUGGAUCACAAUACGUUGUACAGAUAUGUUUUAAGCUACCAUUAAAUAGACUUUUAUUGGUUAAUAUUUUAUUAUUACAAUACAAUAUAGGUAUUUUUAUAAUUAGAUAAAAUAUUUUAUUAAAACUUGUAGGCAACUGACGGUUUUUGUAGGCUAAGCAUUAUUGUCAAACAAUUGUAACGAUUUGUUCGAAGUUUUAUGUCAUCACUAUCACUAGGUGUUAAAUAUUAUGAGAUAAAAAUUAAAUACUUGACGAAGAUGAUGAUGAUGAGCGAUCUCUUACUGUUGACACGCGGGUCGGGUCGUGCACGUACAUUUCUCAAUAUUCGCCAUCGUUAACAAUUACUUAAUACCGAGUUCGCUCUCUGAAAGUCAUGUCAUAUUGUAAUACGUUAAUAACGUUAAAUUCAUUUUGGAAUCUAUGACGUUAACGAGUUACCCUUUUUCAAUACGUUGGUAAAUAAAUAAAUAAAAUUAGAAAUAUGUCAAAGUAAUGAUUGUUGUAUUAGGAGCGUGCCAAUGCCGCGUGCGCCGGCGCGGGCGCAGCGGACAGGGACGUGCGAGGCAUACGUUACUGUACUUGUACGAACCAAGUGAUCGACGGGGCUCUCCGGGUUAUUGAUAAUCUCCCUAUAAGUAUUAUUGUUCUAGAAAUAAAACACAUUUAUUGGAA